AUGCUCUCCAGGGACACUGGCGAGGGGUCACCCAUUUCGUGCGAGGCGCAGCCGGCGCCCACCGGUGCUGCCGGUGAUGAUGGCUCGUCAGCGGCCAGUAGCCGGCCAGCGCCAAGCCCCGGCAAGCCGCUGACGCCGGACAGCACCCGCAAGGCCCCCAUGCCAGGCCGCCAUGUGCAGGCCUCGCCGCCGGGCGCCGUCACAUCGCGCCCCGGCAGCCGGUCGUCAGCCACCGCGUCGACAUGCCCCUCCAGCGAGCCCAGCUCCUCGUCCCUGGGGCUGCCCCUGUCCCCCUGCUCGCUGGUCAACUCCGGGGCGUCUGCCUCAUCCUUGUUGUCGCCAUCGCCGCCGAGCCAAGAUCAGGAGCCCGAGCCGGAGCAGCAGCGCGGGGAGCAGACCGAGCCGCAGCGCGAGGAGCAGUGUGAGCCGCAGCGCGGGGAGCAGACCGAGCCGCAGCGCGAGGCGCAGUGCGAGCCGCAGCGUGAGGACCAGACCGAGCAGCAGCGCGAGGCGCAGCAUGGGCCACAGACAAGGCAGGCCCAGCAGCACCAGGGCCAACGAAAACAGCAGCCAAAGCAGCCAGAGCAGCCAAAGCAGCCAGAGCAGCCAGAGCAGCAGCAGCCAGAGCAGCAGCAGCAGCAGCAGCAGCAGCAGCAGCAGCAGCAGCAGCAGCAGAAGCAGCCACCGCCAGCCAUCCCCGGGCCCGGGGCACCGGAGCCCCGGGAGGAGCCCCUGUCGCCGGGCCCCAGCGAGCCGGCUUCCUCGACCGGCCUCCUGCGUCAGCGGCUGGAGAGCAGCUCCUCUCGGCACUACCGGGGGUUCCCCCUGGAUGGGGCCCGAUCAGCCAGUGCCGACGCCUCGCGCCUGCGCGUGGCCGAGCUCUACAGUGAUGGGCACUCGCUGGAGGAGAUUGCCAGCAUGCUGGGCCGGUCGACGUCGCUCAUCAAUCUGCGAGUGCGGGAGCUCCGGUCGGCGGGGCUCCUGCCGGCAGCCUCCCCGCGGUCGCCCAAACGCCCUGGCUCCGGCGCCGGCAAGGCCCGCGCCACGGCCACGGCCGGCACCUCGAGCACCAGUGUGCCCGGGCCCCCGACUCCGGCCGCACCGACCAAGCCGGCCACCGGGGGCCCCGGCCACACCCAUGCCACAGCGGCCCUGGUGGAGGCGGUGGCGGCUGCGCUGUUGGUGGAGAAGCCGAGCGUGGGGCCGCUGGCCGGGGCUCGGGCCUCGGCGGCGGCCCGCUCGGCCCCCCCGGCCCCGGUGCCCGGGUCUGCCACGCCCAUGGGCCCGGUGGUGGCGCCCAUGUCGGCCACUGCCCGGCCGGCGGUGGUGCCAUCAUCCUCGGGCUCGGCCUCCUCUUCGUCCGUGGGCCCCUGCCCGGCCGCGAGCCCGCCGCCGCUCUCGCCGACAUCGGCCCUUCGGCCACCGUGCGGCCCUUUGCCUGGCACCACCCCGGGCCGGGACCCGGUGGAGGGCACGUCGUCGGCCUUCCCGGCGGUGCUUCCCUCGCCCGGGGUGCUGGUCCCCUCGCUGGCCCCGGGCCCGGGGUCCGCGACGCCGGAGCCGGCGGGCGCUUCGUCGCCGGUGCUCGCGCCGCUCUCGGGGUCGGCCGCGUCGCCGGAGCGGCCCCCCCCGGCGCCGAGGCCGCCCCCGGCCGGCGGCUGGCCACACCGGGGGGAGCUGCUGCUUCCCUCGCACCAUGGGGAGCUGCUGCUGACGCCGUCCGGGGACUUGGUCCUGCCGCCGCCCGGGGACCUGCUCCUGGCACCGGGGGCCCUGUUGCCGGCGCCGAGCGGCAUGCUUUUGGCCCGGCCACAGGUGGGGGCCUUGCCGGCGGGCGGCCGGCGGUCGGCCGAGCGCCGGUCCGGCGACAAGCGCCCGGCCGACGACAAGCCCCCGGCCAUGGCCGCCGGGCCGGCGGCCCCGGCCCGCGCCGAUCCGCCCUCGGCCACGGGGGAGGGCCCUUCCUCCAGCUGCUCGUCCAGUCGCCAGGCCAGCCCGAUUGCCGUGUCCCCGGGCGAGGUGAAGGAGCUGAUUCGGCUCAAAAUCAUCGAGCUCUACCAGCUGGGCUGGUCGUAUACCGACAUCGCGCGGCGAGUGAAUCGCUCGGUGCCGCUGGUGUCGUUGCGUUUGCGCGAGGCCGGGCUGACUGGCCAGCGGCGCUCGGGCCGGCACAACCGCCGGGCCGGCCCCCAGCAGCCGGGCCCUUCGCCUGGCGGUGGCGCGGCCGCGGCCGCGGCCCCGGGCCCGGGCCCGGGCCCGUCGAGGCCGGCGUCAGCAGCGCCGGCGGCCGCAAUGCCGGCAGCCGCAGCACCGACGGCGGCGCCGAGAGACAACGUGUCCCCGGCCCGCAGCCCCCGAGCCAUGGGGGCAUCAGCCCCGGGCCGGGGCCCGGAACUGGCAGACCCGGCCUCCCUGUACCAGCUGCUUCCCAUGGCGCCGCCCGUCCAGCCCGCCGAGCCGGUCCGGCCCGCUCAGCCGCUCCCGGAGGAGCUGCCCUUUCUGCAACAGCCACAGCAGCAGCAGCAGCAGCCGGCGUUCCUGGCACAGCCAGCGGCCCCGCUGACCCUCUCGGAGAUGGCCAUGUCACUCCUGUCGACACUUCUGUCGGACCUGGCUGCCUCGCGCAUUGUCCUCCCGCCGGGGGCCCUCGACACGCUGUCCGCCGUGACGGAUGAGGCCCAGCUGGUGACCCUCUUGGCGACCCUCCUGGCCAGUGGCAGCCGAGGCGGCGCCAUGGACACUCUCAGUUCUUCGUGGGAGCAGCAGCAGCAGCAGCAGCAGCAGCAGCAAUUGCAGCAGCAACUACAGCAGCAGCAGCAACUGCAGCAGCAGCAGCAACUACAGCAGCAGCAGCAACUGCAGCAGCAACAGCAGCUACAGCAGCUACAGCAACAGCAGCAGCAACAACAGCUGCUGCAGCUGCUGCAACAACAGCACCAGUCGCUGCCCAUGAUGAACAUGCCGGUCCUGCUUGGAGGGGACCUCUGGCCGGGAGCGGGCACAUUGCCCGGGGCCGCUCUGGCGCCCGGGGCCCUUCAACUGUCAGGCAUGGCCGGUCCCUCGCUCGGGCCGGGGGUGAUGGGGCCGGGGACCGUGGUGCCGCCCCCGCCGGGACCGGGCACAGCCAUGGAGCUCCUGCCUCGGCGCAUGGACUUGGCACAUCUGAUGGCCCCGGCUGACCGGCCGUCGUCCGGAGAAAGUUCCUCCGACUCGGAAGGGGGCGCUGCGCGGCACUGA